AUGUCGGUUCCGAAGUAUGAAGAGAAGAAAGCAGAGCUGCGUGUAAUCGCUUUUUAUCCGUCGCUGAAGCCGAGAAACAUUUUGAAACUCAAGCGCGAAGUUUUCAUCGUGGCAGUGCCGCAGAGGAAGAAAACUAGAUCGAUUGACAAUCGCGAUCUGAAGCUGUCUGACAAGAUGAUCGUGACGCAAGGGGAUGGAAAAGUGGGGUGGAGUGAGUGUCUAUCGACGGACGCGAAAAGCCCCGCUGAAAUUUUCAACAUAGACCCAAACUUGAAUUGGUCAUUUCACACGUCCACUGAGAACAUCAAGCUACCGUUUGUCGACGAUCCUGACGACGAACAUGACAACGGGCUAUCGUAUGUCGCCGACGACUGCGAUUGUCGGUGUGACUCGCAGGAUCGCGAAUCAUCGUCGACUUCGCGAUCAUCUCCAGAAGGAGAAUGUCUCGAGGGUUCGGUGGACGAGAAAGUUUGUGCGGUUUCCUUACUCGAAAAAGAAAUUCGAGUCGCCGUGGACGCCACGGAGCCCAAUCAACAGUGCGAGUGCCCGAGCGUUGAUCUCGAUCCCCCUGCGAAAACGUCGGACGAGCAGCACUCAUUUGGCGGAAGGAAACCGCCGGUUGCUCAGGAGGGCUUCUUUCGCCGGAGCAUCCAGCAGAAAAUCCAAUACCGACCUUGCACCAAGAACCAGCAGUGUUCCAUUCUGAGGAUCAAUCGGAACCGAUGUCAGUACUGUCGACUGAAAAAAUGCAUCGCUGUCGGGAUGAGUCGAGAUGAGACGCAGGAUAAUAUCGAACGCGAAUUUGUUUGGUCGUUUUUAGCUGUCCGAUUCGGACGCGUCCCGAAGAGGGAAAAGGCGAAAAUACUCGCUGCUAUGCAAAGCGUCGCUUGGAAGUCGCAGGAAAAGGCGAUAGACGCAGCAUUGGCUGCGGACGACAGCUCAUUGAUGUCUACUGUCACUGGUGCACACAGGGACACGUGUCCAUUCACUCAGGACCGUCUCCCAACAUUCCUCAUGCGCGCCCACGAACAGGCGCACUUGCAUCCCAACACCAGCGCCCCGAACGGGCAAAUGAGGUUCUCUCCGGCCAUUCGAGGUGUGGUGGAGUUCGCCAAGAGACUCCCCGGGUUCUCCAUGCUGGUACAGGAGGACCAAGUUACUCUGCUGAAGGCGGGUGUGUUCGAAGUACUGCUUCUGCGGCUCGCUGGCUUAUUUGAUUCCCAGACAAAUACGAUGGUCAGCUUAAACGGGAUGGUAGUAAAACGUGAGAGCUUCGGUGGACCUGGACCUAACGGCGGGGUGUUCGGUAACGCUCGAUUUCUCAUGGAUUCCAUGUUCGACUUCGCUGAUCGUCUCAACACGCUCCAGCUGUCCGAUGCUGAAUUGGCUUUAUUUUCUGCAAUCGUCAUACUUUCGCCUGACCGACCGGGUUUGAGAAAUCCUGAGCUGGUUGACCGCAUCUGCAGCAAAAUGACGUCGUUACUAAAGCAGUCGUUGAGGCAACGACGAAAAAUUCCGAAUUUUGCGUCGAACAACGGCGAAAAAUGCGAAUCGGAGCACAUCAGCGAGGAAGAGGCGCUUCAAAUGUAUGAUGACCUCGUGAAGAAAAUCCCGGACCUCCGCACGCUCAACACCCUGCACUCGGAAAAGCUGCUGGCAUUCAAGAUGACGGAACAGCAACAGCAGCAAUGCCAGACGGAUGCCGAACCCGAGACCGACGUCGACAUGAAAUCAGGCAUCCCUGAGUCCUACUCCCGCGGAGGUUGUCCCAACGAGGGCAAUGACUUGGCCGAGCCGCCGAUGCGAGGAAAGGGCUGGGAACAGUUUGAGCACCAGGGCCUAAGCAGCAACAGCAGCACGAGCUCCGGCCACUGUUCCGGGUCCUCGGGAUGCGCUUCUCCGCGAUCCCCGCACUCGCUCAUCAGCGAGGAAGGUGUGAAAUCACCCGUGGGAUCCCUGUGCAGCAACGAGUCCGCGUAUUCCGGGGACUGCCACUCAGUCCUCACCAUGUCCUCUGGAAUCAGUCGGUUGUCCUGUCCGCGGACGUCCGAAUCCGGACAUCUUCCGCCGCAACAAACGCAGCAGCAUGACCCACGUGGCAUCCUGCCACAAUGUCACGGCAUGACUGCGGCUCUCGGCAUGUGUAUGAAUGGCGAAGCACAAGCCCCAUCGUCCACCAUUGCUCACGCUGAAAAUGUGGAGACGAUGCUGUACGUGCCGCGGAAACUCGAUUCCCCUACUGACUCCGGGAUCGAAUCCGGCUGCGAAGCUGCGCGACUAGGGGGUAAACUGAGUCCAUCUCGACCAGCGUCUGCUUGCAACAGCCCGCAAUGCGGCGGCAGGGUUUCGCAGGAAGAAUUGUCCGCCGGCGGGGAAUCGUCCCCCGAAGACAUGCCAGUGCUGAAGAGGGCGCUGCAGGCGCCGCCGCUCAUCACCACGAACUUGCUGAUGGACGAAGCCUACCGGCCUCAUAAGAAAUUCCGCGCUAUGCGCCGAGAGCAGGAAGGGGACGCCACUUCGUCAACUUCUUCCAGCAGCCCUGGUCCUAGCGCAAUCAAAAUGGAUUUGUUGAGAAGCGCUCUUACGCCGGAACACGGCAGUAGUGAGGAUCAGCAUUCCGCCCCUGGCCAUCAACAACGAUUGCCGAGCACGCUGGCGCGGUCAUUGAUGGAGGCGCCGAAAAUGACUGCCGAGCAAAUGAAGCAGACUGACAUGCUCGCGUCUCUCAUCAUGCGAGGCGACAUGCCGCAACCAUAUCGCCCAUCCUACGGCGCCAGACCAUCGACGUCGAAAGCCGAGCACGAAUCAGCCGCCGACUCCGGUGGCUACAGGCACUCGCAAUUCCACGCGUCCGGCAGCAGCGGUGGAUCCCGCACAAUGUCCGCCCUGACUUCAUGCCUCACCGCAUCUACACCGAUUGGCUCGCCGCAGGCCUCCACUUCCCACGCCUACGGAUAUCAUCCACCGAGUCCGAUUCAGCCGCCAAUCCAUGUCCACCCGCGCCUCGUGGGCGGAAACUCGGGAUCGCAUCCGCCUUCCCCGAGCCCAGACUCGCCGUCUGAUUCCUCUGCAGCUUUACACCCGUCGGGCUGCUGGAAAACUGCCGCACCUAUGGAGAGAACAUCUCGGUGCCUGCCGAUCGACGUGGAUCCCAAUCCGGAUUUCCUGGCCGAGGAAGCCCCGGACGCUGUCGCACCGCUCAACCUUUCCAAGAAAAUCUUGGCAAUUCCUGUGCACGCUCCCGCGCUGGCGAUCCGUGCCAAAAUGGAAGUGUAAAACCCAUCCGGUGUCGCUUUGCAGUGUCGAUGUUAGUGGUUCAAAACCCCCAGCGUCGUGCAACGAAGGUGCUGUAUGUCUCUGGUGGGCUUGAAUCGAUGAGCGCAGUGGGAAUUCCCAUGAUGUCCUUGUUGCCAAAAAGAAGAAAAAAGAAAUACGCACUAUGCACUUCGUUUGUUCCGCGUAAGACGCAAUCCCGGACGCCGGGGAAAGAAUGUUAUUUUUAUUUUUCGGGUCACGGACGAAAGCCUGAAUUCAUGGUCUCGAUGACUUUUUUUUGUUGAAUCCCCUGUCCCGGACUUCGUGUACUUCUCCCGAAGUCGGAAGACGUUGAGCUCGUGCUGGUCGUUUACAGAAGGAUUGACGCGGAAAAGGGAUACCUGUGAUGAUUAUACUUAGUUCUCCUAUUUUCAAAUCAUUUUGGAAUGAGGAAAAAGAGGAGAACGCUUUUUGUUGUCAGCAAAUUCCAGUGAGCGCAGAAGUUCUGACCCCGUUCUAAGCACCCCUACUGCAUCGCUAGAGAAGCCUGCUCGAGCAAGUGUCAACUUUUCAAUAUCUGGGAAACGUUUAGUACAAAAAUCUUGAUUUUGUCCUAAUUUUCUAUUGAAUUGGUCUUCGCUGGGAUCCCGUGAAUAAUAAGAAAACCUCGAUGAGCUCUCGAGGCUCGCUCCAGCAGGAGAAUUGUGGAUCGAUCGGCACUUUCCCGGUAUCCCGGCACUGCUGGACUCUGAAAAAGAGGUGCAAGAUGCGUUGAAGAAUUUGUAUAUUGCCGUGUAUCUACUCAGAGGAGGUUACAAAAUUCGUGGACGUAGAGAGCGGGAAUAUAGGCAAUGCCGAUGAGUCUAUCGCGUCGAUCACGACGGAUAGGGGGUACUAUUACAGUUUUCUCCCUCUUUUCUUUUCCGGAUUGUUCGCGCGAAUAUCCAGCUUAAAUUUCUGUCCCACUUCCCCCUCUCGGUGUUGACCCAAACUUGCAGCUAAUCCUGCGGCUGCCGCGGAUUGUUGGAAUGAAAGCGGUUGGAAAAAUCUCAGAAUGAUCGAUUAGAGAUUGUGUAAGUUGUGAUACUUCUUGAGUUGAGACGUUAUUAUUCAUUUUAAUCUCCCAUGAAUCCGCUGGAUUUUUCGAAUGUUGCCUCCGGUCCUCGUCGGCCGAUCCGGAAGUGGUUUGGAUUCCCCUUAAAUCAAUCGAACAGUAAGUGAACCCAGUGAUACUCCCCUCCCAGGGAAAGGCCCUUCGAAUGUGUCCCGUGAUCUCCGUUGUUGGACUUGUUUGCAUUCGUUUGUCCCCUGUGAGAUGAAGUCGAAUGCCUGCUUUCACCCAUCGGUUUGUCGCAGUAGUUCCUGUGUAUCCACAUUGCUUUCGUGAAGCACUGUCGGGGAUUGUGAUUCUUUUUCCGUGGAGAUUACGCUUAAUUGGGGUUUUGAGUAGUGCGCCGCUUCUGAACGCCUGCAAAUGCCCCAAGUUUUUCCUCGCGGUUUCCUCCACGAUCCUCUUCAACUCGGAAGAUGAAGCGGAUGGGAAUUAUAUCGGAAGAUGGAAUAUGUAUGUCUCUCGAUUUUUGCUCGUAUGAGUAAAUAUGAUUUGCUGAAAGAA